AACAUCAGUUCCUGUUUCAUUCCCUUUCUCAGUUUCUCCUCUUUAUUUCCAACACUUAACUCAAAACUCAAAAGAAGAAAUAAUACUACUGUUUCUGCCAUCCUCUUUUCUUUUUUUUUUUUUUUUUUUAGUUCUUUAACUUUAUUGCUAAUUUUCGUAUUUAAGCAAAACUUUUAUUGUUUCCACUACAAUUUGCAUAAUUAUAUUGAUAAAUACGAAGGAAUUUUCCAUAUUCUAAAAAUCAAUCCAUCUGCUAUCGAAACAAAUUGAAAAAAAUUCGUUGAAGAAGCGAAUGACGGCGAAGAAAUAAAUGGCGACGCUUCAAUUUAGGUCGAAUGAUGAAGAAGUUGCGAUAAACGCAAUUAAGCAAGCGUUGAAAUCUCUGCGAAAGCGGCAUUUGGCGGAAGAAGGUGCUCAUACUCCCGCGAUUACUUCUAUUUCCAGACCUCUUAUUUAUCAGGGCUCGGAAUGGAAAGAGAAGGCAGAAAAAUUGGAGCUUGAACUUCAGCAAUGUUACAAAGCUCAAUCUCGACUAUCUGAGCAACUUGUGGUUGAAGUUGCGGAGGGCCGAGCUGCCAAAGCUUUGAUUCAAGAGAAAGAAACUGCUGUAGCUAACUUGGAAAAGGAGGUUACUCAGCUCAGCGAUGAGUGCUCGGAGUUAAAGAACCUAUUAGACGAGAAGACUCGGGGUGUAGAAUUGCUGACAAGUGAGAACCAAGAGCUGAAAAGCCAACUUGAAGAGCUGAGUACGAAAGCAAAAAAUGCAGAAGCUGAAAAUAGAAUGUUGGUUGAUCGUUGGAUGCUUCAGAAAAUGCAGGAUGCUGAGCGGAUCAAUGAGGCAAAUGCUCUUUAUGAAGACAUGCUUCAACAACUUAAGGCCAGCAGUAUACAGCAAAUUGCUCGCCAACAAGUUGACGGCGUGGUUCGUCAAAGUGAGGAAGGUGCUGAGUUUUUCGUGGAAUCAACCAUUCCUACAACUUGCAAGAAUAGAAUCCACGCGCAUGAUGGUGGUUGUGCUUCCAUAUUGUUUGAGUAUAAUUCAAGCAAAUUGGUCACUGGAGGGCAGGACCAUUCUAUUAAGAUGUGGGAUACAAGCACAGGAUCAUUAAAUCGCACUCUUUAUGGUUGCUUGGGUUCUGUUCUUGAUCUCACUAUUACCCACGAUAACAAAACUAUAAUAGCAGCUAGUAGCUCAAACAACUUGUAUGUUUGGGAUGUAAACUCAGGCCGAAUCCGUCAUACACUUACUGGACAUACUGAUAAAGUCUGUGCAGUAGACGUGAGUAAAGUCUCCAACCGACAGGUUGUCAGUGCAGCUUAUGAUCGAACUAUAAAAGCUUGGGAUUUGCAGAGAGGAUAUUGCACGAAUACGAUCAUUUUCCCAAGCAAUUGCAAUGCCAUCUGUUUCGGCAUGGAUGGAAGAACAAUAUGCUCAGGUCAUGUUGAUGGGAAUCUCCGGCUUUGGGACAUACAGACAGGGAAGCUUUUGAGUGAAGUUGCUGCUCAUUCUCUUGCUGUGACGUCAAUCUCUUUAUCUCGAAAUGGAAACACGAUCUUGACGAGUGGGAGAGAUAAUGUUCAUAAUCUGUUUGAUAUGAGGACACUCGAGGUUUAUGGGACAUUAAGGGCGAGUGGUAACAGAGUGGCAUCUAAUUGGAGCAGAUCUUGUAUUAGUGCAGACGACAGUUAUGUUGCUGCUGGAUCUGCUGAUGGAUCUGUACAUAUUUGGUCAAUUCAGAAGGGAGAUAUAGUUAGCACUCUUAAGGAACAUGGAUCUCCGGUUUUGUGCUGUGCUUGGAGUGGUUUAGGAAAGCCUUUGGCGACUUCGGACAAGAAUGGAGUUAUUUGCACUUGGAUGUGAUGCAUUUUAUGUCUGCCUAUGGCGUUAAAGAUGUUCUUGAAAGUGUUUUCUGAACUAAUUGGUGUGCUCAGAAGGUAUAUGAAAAUGAUCUGAUUUAUUCUCUUGCAUUGUACAGCUAUUCUCUUCUCCAUAAUGAAAUGAAAUGAUUUUAGUUUUUAUGGAUAUGAAAUAAUUUGAUUUCUUCU